AACGUACUUCCCGCGUUAGCACACCUGCGUGAGCGCACGUAUUGCGCUCGCUCCCGGCCAUGAGCCUCCCGGAGACUUUCGCCAGACUGCCUUUGAAAGAAAUGCACUCAAGCCGGUCGACGCAAAGCCGGACUCUUCAGGUGUCAGAUUCUCAUAGCGAGACCUCGGAGGAGCAGCAUUGGAUCGAUGAUGCAUUUGAACACUUUGUGCAGAAGGCUGGAAAUUUGGCUGGCAACGUGCACCCCAGCUGCAAGAAAUGGGUGAGCCGCAAGCUGGAGGUUUAUGAGGUGCCGAAGAUCGCGCGAAUCCACGCGCCGCCGUUGCAGGUGCCCAUGUGCUGUAUGCAGACCUGCGUAACAUUGAUAGCAGUGUCAUGGCUGAUCGUGUUUCUGCACUUCUACGAGUACAAUGUCAUUGACAACAACAACGUCGUCAUGCAGCUGUCGUUUCCGCAGUCGAACUUCGAAGCGUGCCAUGAUAUCGACGUGGACUGCGAUGAUGUGGGGCAUCCCCACGACCUCAUGCCGAUGGAGCACUUGGCGUACUGCAACAAGAACUACCUUGAGAGCAGGUCCAAGAAGUUGCUGAAGUACUUCUUUGACGAGAAGCACAACUAUAGCAGAAGCCGCUGGCCAGGUGCCCCAACAAAAAGCGACACAGUGCCUGUGAAAUGCUCCAAGCUUGACAUUCACGAGGUCUUGGAGGACAAAGGGGCGGGCAUGCAGAUCAUGACGUCACGCACGACUGUCAAGCAGCGGAAAUGUACGGCUGAUGAGGCCUGCCUCUGGCUGAAUACAGGCAUUGAGAUGGACUAUGUGUAUGAUGUGGAGAGAUUUCUUCUAAAGCUGCAACAUCAAAUACGUACAGAAGAUGGCCGAGCAUUCCAGAGUUCUCACGCUGCCGGUUUCCUCCUGAUCAAUGGAUCCCUUCACUCUGUCCGCUGCAGCGCCGCGAAAAUCAAGUCGGGAGCUUGUGCCAACAACAUGGUAGGGUUCGAGGGCAGCACUCCGUGUGGCAGCACGGACGGUACUCAACAUCCGGCGUGUUUCAGCACCGGCUUCGCAGAUUUCUUCUCGCUUGACAUUGUGUUGCAGGCUGCAGGUUUCUCAUUUGCGGAUGAGCUGUCGGGAGGGGGCAAUCUGACGAGGCGGUUCUGGGGCAGCAACGUCGUUGUGGACAUCGAAUGGUCCAACUCAGAUGUCUGGGCACACUGGACGUGGCCCUGGGGCCUCAAGAAUCGCUACGUCGUCAGCUUCCGCAGAAUGAGCGACUACGCCUGGACCACACACAUUCGGAACAAGCCAGAACCCAACUUCCGAGACGUGGAGCGGCACGCAGGACUCCAACUGCAGGUGAGUUUGCACGGAAAGCUGGCGCGGUUUAGUUUCCUCUACCUCUUGCGCACCUUGACCAUCUUUGGAGUCCUCUGGAAGGUGACUCUCAGAUUCAUGGAUGGCCUCAUGUUGCAGAUGUACCGGAAUAUGCGGUGUUUCCGCCACCUUCCGCCCUUGCGGAUGUAUUAUUGUGUGGACAACACGCCACAUCACAACCAGGUGAAAGAAGCCGACGUCUACGCCUUAGAGCUCCAUCAUUUGAAGGAUCGGCAGAAGACGCUGCAAGAAAUGAAGGGGGACCAGCACUCCGACAGCUCCGUGGAACUGGAGAGAAGCCCGCGCUAUGUGGCAGAAGUGGCCCAGAACAGAGGCAUCUAAUUCAAGCAAGGAUCCGCCGAGCACCUUUCAGCAGGUCCACCCGGCUCAACUCCUUUUUUUUCACGUGUGCGCGCGUCGUUACGGAUCCAAUCCAGC